AUAUCAAAGACCUUGCACUUCGCUUUCGUUUGUUUUGUUUUCUGGGGUUUCAGUUUCAUUUCCCUAUAACCAGGCCAUAAAAACUGACUCCGCCCAGCUCUAACAUCAGUGCAGAGUUCUUUUCGAAAGUGGACUCAGGAUGACUUCAGUCAUCUCUAAAUUUGUCACCUCGACCCUGUGCGACCACCAGGGAUGUUUGGACUUCAAGCGCCUGGAAGAGACGCUCGCACAGCAUUUCACUGUAGAGGAAUCUCUCCUGCGGAGGGUCCUGUUGGACCACGAUAAAAUAGCCAUUCAAGAAGGCAGACAGAAGGUCGUCGGUAAAGUAAUCAGCCCGGACAGUCUGGUGGUGGCUAAAACCGGUCUGCGGAUCUGUCAGAAAAAGCCAGGAGAGUGUCUACAGUGCGAUGGGUUACAUCUGUGCAGGUUCUAUGUCUGCGGAAACUGUACGUUCGGACACAAAUGUAAAAACCCCCAUAGCCUGACAUCUCCAUACAAUGCUGAGCAUUUGAAAAGAUACGGUCUGCACGAUUUGACGGAGAAACAGCUUUUCCAGCUGUUGCUGCAGAAUGAUCCGUAUCUGCUUCCUGAGAUCUGCCCACAUUACAAUAAGGGCACUGGUGUGCAUGGUUCUUGCAAGUUCACCACUUCCUGCCACAAGCUUCACGUCUGCCAGCACUAUCUGCAGGGUGACUGCAAGUUUGGCUUUUCGUGUAAGAGAACCCAUAAUGUUGACGCUCAGGGAACGAAGAUCCUCCAAGGAUUCAGUCAGGACAAUAUCAGGAACCUUCUUGAGAUCUACAGAAAUAAAUUCAUCAUCACGGGUCAAAAGGAGAGAAGAGCUCCUGCUGUUCCUGUUCUGCCAGAGGUGAGCGGCCCCACACAAAAGCCUCUCCCUGGAUCCCCUGCUGGUUCUGCGUGUCCAUCUAAACCCGUGAGCGAUGCGGAGAAGAAUGAAAUCUGCCUCUUCUUCAUUCGCAGACACUGCAGCUUCAAAGAUAAGUGCGCCCGCGUCCAUUGGCACCUGCCUUACAGAUGGCAGGUGUUAGGCAGCGAUGGUGUGACCUGGAAGGACCUGCCAAAUAUGGAGGACAUUGAGAAGGCCUACUGUGACCCAGAACAUGACACAAGCUGCACUGAUCUACCAUCGUCCUACUUGGGGAUUUUCAAAUAUCUGGCUCUUCAAAGCUCUGCAUCUCCUGCCGUGCAGUCAGUUGACUUCAUGACAAUGACGCAGGGAGGGUCUCAAGUUCGCCGCCUGUCCACAUCCUCAUCCAUCUUAAAGCCCCCUCACUUCAUUCUUACAACACAGUGGCUGUGGUACUGGAAGGAUGAAAGCGGGAAAUGGCUGGAGUUUGGACAGGGUGAUAGUGACACGGCAUCUGUCACUUCUCAAACUCUGGAGAAUGUGUACCUGGCAGACAGAGAGACAGAGAUUCCUUUUAGUGCAGGCAAACAGCAGUAUGUCCUCUACUUCAAAGGUGCAGCAGGAACACAGCAGAUGUAUCAGCAGAAUGUAAAAUACAAAACCAAGAGAGAGGUCAGGAGGAGGCCUCGCUUUGUUUCUGCUCAGGAUGUGGAGGUGAAGUUAAAGAGUGCAACAUCACACAGCUCAAGCUCCUCCACAGCUGAAAGUUGCCCAUCUCACUGGGACAAGAAUGCCCUGCCGGAUUUUGGAUACAGGAUGGUACUUCUCUCCAAAUCUGCUAAGGAGUAUAAUAUGAUAGAGAAGCUGUUUAAAAACACCAUGCCCCAGAGUACAAUUAACAGCAUCAAGAGGAUCCAGAACCUGUCUCUGUGGAAAGUCUUUCAGUGGCAGAAAGAGCAGAUGAAGGUGAGGAAUGGAGGGAAUUCUGUGAAUGAGCAGUACUUGUUUCAUGGGACAGAUGAGUCCUUGAUUGAAGCCAUCUGUGAGCAAAACUUUGAUUGGAGGAUGUGUGGAGUCCAUGGCACGGCCUACGGCAAAGGGAGUUACUUUGCCAGAGACGCAUCCUACUCAGACAGAUAUGCCAAGAUCAAAGGGAGCUUGAGCAAGAUUAUGUUUGUUGCUCUGGUGUUGGUGGGGGACUACACCAGGGGAAGCAGUGCCUACGUCCGGCCCCCACCAAAGAGUAACAGCAAAACCCUCUACGACAGUUGUGUUGACUGCGAGAGUAACCCCAGCAUUUAUGUUAUCUUUGAGAAACAACAGAUUUAUCCAGAGUAUGUUAUCAACUACUCAUAAGUCACAAUGCUGUUUCCUGUGCUGAAGACUCUGGUCAGGGGUGAAACACUAUAAUGUGGUGCUCUUUACUUUGACUGGAGGCACAUAGUAGCUUUGUUAAAGGUUUGUGGGGUUUCAAUAGUGGUGGAAGAAGUAUUCAGAUCUUUUACUUUGGUAAAUGUGGUAAUACCACAAUGAAAGUCCUUCAUACAAAAUCUUAAGAUAAAACAUCAUUUUAUAAACUGGAAAAUGUUAAUAAAAAAAUAAAUAUUUUCCUCUGAAGUGUGAAAAAAUAGAAAAUGGAAUGCUUGGUGGAUUUUUUUCCUCUACAGUUAAAACAGUGCAUCUUUGUUGAUUCAUAAAUUGUCAGAAAAUACUUUUUGUAGAAAGCAUUCCAAUAGAAAAUGCUUGUCUUGUGAUUGGUGUCUAUGUUGUUGUGAUAAGACUGUCUGCUACAGGUCAUUAAUGCAAGCCGAAAAGAAAGAUGCAGAGGCCGACAUCAUCAGGUGUUCAGAUGUAGAAUGAAAUUGACUGUUGUAUAAUAAACACAUUACAAACUGCAAA